AUGUCUGAGCCAAUCCGCAAUAAGAAGAUGGACUCCAUCUCCGCUCCCACCCCGCAGAACACACCCGCCAACGCUGCCCCAAUAUCGUCGCACGCUCAGAAGCCCGGCGUCGGCACCAUCAAGGAAGGUAAGUCGCAACAGCCUGCCCCUCCGACCCCGCGAAGGGCGGCGCAACUGGGCGUGACCGCUAAUUCGAGUUUUGCAGAGGAUCUUGAGCGCACUGCCGCCGGCCUCUUCGCUGCCAACCCCGCCCUCGUCGCCAUGAUGCAGAACAAGCUCGGCUCGCUCGUCGGCCGCUCAAGUGGCUACAUCGAGUCGCUGCCAGCCUCGGUCCGCCGUCGCGUUGCCGGCCUCAAGGGCGUACAGAAGGAGCACUCCAAGCUCGAGGCCGAGUUCCAAGAGGAGGUCCUCCUGCUCGAGAAGAAGUAUUUCGCCAAGUUCACACCGCUCUACGAGACCCGUGCCAAGAUCGUCAACGGCGCCACCGAGCCUUCCGAGGACCAGGUCAAGGUGGGCGAGCAGCAAGACGAGGACGAUGAGGACGACGAGGACAAGCCCGAGACCGAACUCAACCAGGACGAGGGCAAGGACGUCAAGGGUAUUCCAGAAUUCUGGCUGAGCGCUAUGAAGAACCAGAUCUCGCUCGCCGAGAUGAUCACAGACCGUGACGAGGCUGCACUGAAGUCUCUGACCGACGUCCGCAUGGAGUACCUUGACCGCCCCGGCUUCCGUCUUAUCUUCGAGUUUGACGAGAACGAGUUCUUCACCAACAAGACGGUCACCAAGACCUACUUCUACCAGGAGGAGAAUGGCUACGGCGGCGACUUCAUCUACGACCACGCCGAGGGCGACAAGAUCGACUGGAAGGCUGGCAAGGACCUCACUGUCCGCAUCGAGAGCAAGAAGCAGAGGAAUAAGAACACCAAGCAGACGCGCGUCGUCAAGAAGACCGUUCCCACAGAGUCGUUCUUCAACUUCUUCGACCCGCCCAAGCCCCCGCAGGACGAGGACGACGACGCUGCCUCCGACAUCGAGGAGCGUCUCGAGCUCGACUACCAGCUCGGUGAGGACAUCAAGGAGAAGCUCAUUCCCCGCGCGAUUGACUGGUUCACCGGCGAGGCUCUGCAGUACGAGAACAUUGAGGACUUCGACGAGGGCGAGUUCGAGGAUGAGGAUGAUGAGGACGAGGACGAGCUUAGUGACGACCGUGACGAGGAUGAGGAGUCAGAUGACGAGAAUGACGGCACAAAACCCAAGCAGGAGGCUGCUGAGUGCAAGCAGAGCUAG